GCCAGAGUGGCAAUGUUGAUAAGAAGAAAGGCAACUUGGCAAGUUUGAGAGAAGGGUGUCACUGCUUCUCCCUUCCCCACCACGAUCGUCUCCUCUCUACCCUCUCUCCUCCGCUUCUCUUCUCGCAAUCGGCGAGUCUCAGGCAGUCAGUGGGAUCGUCUUCCUCCCGGAGAAACUCGAGGCCAUUAGGAACCAUUUCAAGGCCACUGACAGGAGAAAUGCAGGGUGCAAUUCAAUCAUUCCGAUUACAUGGAAAUCUUCUUAAAAAUACUAUUCUUCAACACAUGCGUGUCAUGAAGCCAGUCAUGCUACCUACUGUGUUUUCACGAUUCAAGUCAGUCUCUUCACCUCGACUGGAAGAGCAUGGAUUUGAGAGCACCACUAUCCUAGAUAUUCUGAAAGCUAAAGGGAAGAGUGCUGAUGGUUCCUGGCUGUGGUGUACAACUAAUGACACUGUUUAUGAUGCUGUGAAAUCGAUGACACAACACAAUGUUGGAGCUUUGGUUGUGGUGAAACCCGGAGAAGAGAAGGCACUUGCAGGGAUUGUAACUGAGAGAGAUUAUCUCCGAAAAAUUAUUGUGCAGGGAAGAUCUUCCAAAUCGACUAAAGUUGGUGACAUUAUGACUGAUGAGAAUAAAUUGAUCACUGUGACACCAGAUACCAAGGUUCUGCGGGCCAUGCAGCUUAUGACAGACAACCGCAUUAGGCAUAUCCCUGUGGUUGAUGACAAAGGUAUGAUUGGCAUGGUCUCCAUUGGUGAUGUUGUUCGAGCAGUGGUGAAUGAGCAUCGGGAGGAGCUGGACCGCCUUAAUGCAUAUAUACAAGGGGGUUACUAGCAAAGUAGAUCUAGAGUCUAAUAAUGUUCAAUGAUGAUGGCGAAAAAAACUAUAGUUUGCUUUUAGCAGAUAGUGUGCUUUUUGUUAA